UUAAGAUCCUGCUGUUCUACGUGAUAUUUUAUGGCUGUCUGGCUGGCAUCUUCAUCGGGACCAUCCAGGUGAUGCUGCUCACCAUCAGUGAGUUCAAGCCCACGUACCAGGACCGCGUGGCCCCACCAGGAUUAACGCAGAUUCCUCAGAUCCAAAAGACGGAAAUUGCCUUUCGUCCUAAUGACCCCAAGAGCUACGAGGCGUAUGUGCUAAACAUAGUUCGGUUCCUGGAAAAGUACAAAGAUUCGGCCCAGAAGGAUGACAUGAUUUUCGAAGACUGUGGCAACGUGCCCAGCGACCACAAAGACCGAGGAGAAUUUAACCAUGAAGGAGGAGAGCGAAAGGUCUGCAGGUUCAAGCUUGACUGGUUGGGAAAUUGCUCUGGAAUAAACGAUGACAGUUAUGGCUACAAGGAGGGCAAACCUUGCAUCAUCAUAAAGCUCAACCGAGUUCUGGGCUUCAAACCGAAGCCACCUAAGAACGAGUCCUUGGAGACAUACCCGGUGAUGAAGUAUAACCCCUACGUCCUGCCUGUUCAGUGCACUGGCAAGCGAGACGAGGACAAGGACAAAGUGGGGAGCGUGGAGUACUUCGGCCUGGGCGGCUACGCCGGCUUCCCUCUGCAGUACUACCCAUACUACGGCAAGCUCCUGCAGCCCAAGUACCUGCAGCCCCUGCUGGCCGUGCAGUUCACCAACCUCACCAUGGACACCGAGGUGCGCGUCGAGUGUAAGGCGUACGGGGAGAACAUCGGGUACAGUGAGAAAGACCGUUUUCAGGGACGCUUUGAUGUAAAGAUUGAAGUUAAGAGCUGAUCACAAGCACAAAUCUUUCCCACUAGCCAUUUAAUAAGUUAAAAAGAUACAAAAACCUACUAGUCUUGAACAAACUGUCAUACGUAUGGGACCUACACUUACUCUGUAUGCUUUACACUAGCUUUCUGCAUUUAAUAGGUUAGAAUGUAAAUUUAAAGUGUAGCAAUAGCAACAAAAUAUUUAUUCUACUGUAAAUGACAAAAGAAAAAGAAAAAUUGAGCCUUGGGACGUGCCCAUUUUUACUGUAAAUUAUGAUUCCAUACCCGAGUCGUAGCAAGCAGUGUUCCUGGCCCCUAAGUAUUGCUGCCUUGUGUAUUUUAUUUAGUGUACAGUAAAUACUAUGGGUGCACACUCUGGUCGUUUUUCAAGCCAUGUUUUAUCGUAUCUGUUUUCUACUUCAUGUGAGCAAGGUUUGCUGUCCAAGGUGUAAAUAUUUAAUGGGAAUAAAACUGGCAUGGUACUUUUGUUUCUUGGGUUUGGCUCUUUCAGAUAAUGGCCCACCCGUGAGCAUUUCUCACACACUCCAUAGUCUCUUCCUGUGGUGUUAGGUCUUCCUUUAUUUUCUUCCUGGGGCUGGGGGUGGGCUGUCAUGGGGGAACUGCCCUUUAAAUUUUAAGUGACACUACAGAAAAACACAAAACGGCGAUGGGUUGUGUUGUGCUUUGUACGAGUGCUGUCCUGACACCGCUCCCCCGUCGCUGAGUCCCGAGGCGGGGUCUGGAGCUGGGCCCGCCCGUCGCUUUGGCUGGUGACAGGGCUCGUUCACUUGCUUUGUACAUUUUUCUUUGACUUUCCUUUUUUCCUUUCUCUGGAGGCAUCACAUGCUGGUGCUGUGUCUUUAUGAAUGUUUUAACCAUUUUCAUGGUGGAAGAAUUUUAUAUUUAUGCAGUUGUACAAUUUUAUUUUUUUCUGCAAGAUAAAGUGUAAUGUAUGAAAUAAACCAAAGUCACUUGUUUGAAAAGAAAUCUUUAUUUUGAACUUUAUAAAAAGCAAUGCAGUACCCCAUAGACUGGUGUUACAUGUUGUCUCCAGUGCAAAAUCCAUGUUCUGACAUCUGUAGUACUGGCAGGGGCCCCGUGCUCCUGCUCCUCUUGUAUUCAGUCAGGUUGAAACAAUGGACAAUAAAAGAAUGAACACACCCUCA